AGUAAACAUAACCUCACUUUUUCAUUAGCUGUCAUAUUUGACAAGACAAUUUUUAAAUUAAAAUUGGGAAUUAAUGAAUUAAAAUAAUGGCUGGUGAGGUUGUUGUCGAUGCUUUACCUUAUAUAGACCAAGGAUAUGAUGAACCCGGUGUUAGAGAAGCCGCUUCUGCAAUGGUUGAAGAAGAAUGUCGUAGAUUUAGACCGACAAAAAACUACUUAGAACAUUUACCUCCAUUAAAUGUAACCUCUUUCGAAACUCCAAUGAUGCAUACCGAGUUUGAGCGUUUGCAAAAUCGUUUACCGAUGGAUACAAUGUCAAUGAAACGUUAUGAACUUCCGCCUCCGCCAAGCGGAAAAUUAAAUGAAGAAAAAGCUUGGUUCGAAUGCGUCGAAAACUCCCAAGCUCAAUUGGAACACCAAGCUGUAAGAAUAUUAAAUCUACAAUUAAUGUUGGAGUAUUGUUGCCCCGCUUGGCAAAGAUAUCUUCAAACGUUAUCUGAUUGCGAAAAAAUCGCAAUGAAAAAAAUUGCAGUUUUAAGACAAGCUUUGCAAGAAGUUAAUUGGCAGCGAAAAUCGUUACAAACCAAAGGUGGGGAACAAUUAAAGAGUUUAGAAGCGAAAUGGGUUGCUUUAGUUUCACACAAUUAUGAAAUUGAACAAGCUUGUUGUCUCGCAGAGGAGUAUAUUUUAAAUAUGGGUAAUCAAUUGAAGACGUAUAAACAACAAAGAGAAGAAUAUCUAAGGCAGCAGCAGCAACAACAACAACAACAGGUUGUUGCUCAACAAGAAAUAGAAGAUGUGGAAGAAAAAAGUGAUGAAACUAAGAAAGAUGAAAAUGAAACUGAAAUUGAAGAAGCUGAAGAUCAUUCUCAAGAACAAGUUGAAAAUAUUACUACAAAUCAGGACGACGAAGAUUAAUUAUAAUGUAAUUAAUAAAUAAAUAAUUUUUUUGUGAUUUUUUUUUAUUAAAUUAAAAAAAUAUCAA